GUCACCAAAGCAGAAAUUGAUGGUGUGGCCGGCGACUACAAGAAGGUGCCGAUUGCAAACGUCGACGGUGAAAUCGUGACAGGAUCAGCUGACAUCAUCCGAAAGAUUGGCUCUGUCAUUGGCAGUGGUGAGACAGAGGCUGAUGCAGAGUGGGGCCAGUGGGUAGACUCAACUCUUGUGAAGACUCUGCCGCCCAAUAUCUAUCGCACGCCAGGCGAAGCUUUACAGAUAGCUGGCAAGGUCGGCGAUAACUUCGACAUGGUGUCUGGGACAGUUGCCAAAUAUUUCGGAGGUGCCGCAAUGUUCUUUGUGGCCAAAAGCAUGGCCAAGAAGGCCGGCAUCAGCGAGGGCAAGGAGAGAGAAGCUCUGUAC